GUCCGGGGCAUGGGCACGGGGCGGCUUGGACACAGUGCUUGCCUGGCCCGGGUACAGCUCUGGGUUUGAUCCCCAAAACUGAAACAAACAGAAACAGGGGCACCACUGAGGGAAACCUUGCAUCCUACCCCUGGGGACAUCGCAAGCACGAAUCACCCCAGAGAGGCCCUAGAGGCCAGAUGCAAGGGAUGCCAGAGGGGCUGCCAGCUCCCACGCUGUAGGCAGGGGCCAGUGGGCCGGAGGCCAAGCCGGGCUGGGGCGGGGCAAGCCCUGCCCGCCAGAGGCGCCCCACCUGCCACUGGGAGCCAUGGGCAGCCGGGGGCCUGGCCUGGUGCAGCCUCCCUACACCGUUCUGCUGCUGCCACUGGGGACGAGCCGCCAUGACCCGGGCGCCCGGAGCUUCUUCCUCUGGCUGCAAAGGAUGCAGGCUCUGGAGAGGCGGCAGGACGCCCUGUGGCAGGGGCUGGAGCUACUGCAGCAAGGCCAGGCCUGGUUCCGGGAGCACCUGAGGGCGGCACAGGGACAGCAGCUGCGCCUGGGGGCCCUCGGAGAGGACUUCCGGGCAGAUUCACACUGGGAGCCCUUCGGCCCCCCGCUGGCCCAGAUUCAAAGGGUGAACAUCUGCCUGCGGGGGCUGAUUCAAGACGAGGAGAUGUUGAGGCGGCACAACGGAGCCCCACAGCGCGAGGGGGGUAAGGCUCCGCGGGGCCGCACUACCCUUGUGUGAAUCCUCGGUCCCUCAGGAGGCUGAGGCAGGCAGAGCUCCCUGCCUUAACCCAGCAGCCCCAUCUUGGCCUCAGGUCAGGGUCCCUGGUGGCCAGACCCCUUCUAAGUGUAAAGCUCCCCUCCGGCUCUCUCUCCCCUGCACCCUCCUGACCAGGCCAGCCGGAGAGGCAGUACCCGGGAGGCGGAUAGCUCCGCGCCUUGUCAAGCAACUGUUCCAAAAUCAAAACGUUUUUUAAAAGCGCUGGGGAUCGGGGCUGGGGAUUUAGCUCAGCGGCAUAAGCACCUGCCUUGCAAGCAGGCGGUCGUGAGUUCGAUCCCUGGUACCGAUAAAAAUGAAAAAGACCAAAAAAAAAAAAAAAAAGCGCUGGGGAUGUGCUCAGAGCAGAGGCCCUGGGUCAACGCCCAGUCCUGAGAAUGAAUAAAUAAGUAAAUAGGUACGGACACCAGUGUGGAGAAGAGGCUCAUGGGAACCUCCUGGCUUCCAACACAAAGCUAAGAUAGCAGCUGCUUCGGGAUUUGCUCUAAGGACCCAGUCAUUCAGGACCGCUGGGACCCGCCCACCCCGCCACCCCACCACCCCGGGCCUGGGCGCGCAUGCGCUGGCUGGGAUAAUGCUGCUGCCCAGACCGAAGGCGACCUCUGCGGAAACCCUGGAGGCUCUGGCUCGGUUUCCAUAAAGGCUACAGGAAGCGCCCCUCU